UGUCACCCAUCAGUGCCAGUCAGUGCCACCUAUCAGUGCUGCCAAUCAGUGCCACCUAUUAGUGCCAGUCAGUGCCGUUUAUCAGUGCCAUGUAUCAGUGCUGCCUUUCGGUGCCCAUCAGUGAUGCCUGUCAAUGCCCAUCAGUGCUGCCAAUCAGUGCCACCUAUCAGUGCCGCCUAUCAGUGCCAUGUAUUAGUGCUGCCUUUCGGUGCCCAUCACCGAUGCCUGUCAAUGCCCAUCAGUGCCACCUACAAGUGCCUCCUCAUCAAUGCCCAUCAGUGCCACCU